UUGGCCAUUCGAACGUGUCGCUCAAACCCGGUGGGCCGCCGAUGGCCACGCCCCCACGCACUGAGGAAGCGCUUAAAUGAAAGUGAAACGAUGUAGCGAAGAGGUUUUCGGGCUCUGUUACUUUCACAAACAACCCGAUACUUUACUUUUGCGCUCAGGGACUACGAAAUCUCCACAUUCAAGUGAAAGUCAUGCAUUAUUGUAGGUCCUUACUGCUUUAUUUCCUCGUCUGUGUAUGUGCUGCGUCUAAUCCGAGAAACGCGAAAUCGUCCGAUAAUCUUGAACAUUUGGAGCACGUAGAUUCGCUCACUCAAAACAUCCUAUUCCAACUGAAAACCCACGAGGGUCUGGGUGGGUUUGAACCGGGUGAUAUCGCGCCCGCGUUUACAGUUCAGACUCUGGACGGAGUGUUCGUUUAUCCUCCUCAGAAAGAGUCGAGAUCAGCUCUCAUCGUUCACGCGUUCACGAAUAAAUCCGCUUUUCUCGAGUGUCUGUGGACGUGGAACGAGUCCCUGUCCGAUCUGCUGGAGUAUCUGCCUCCCGCGGCUCAAUUCCUGUUCCUGUCUCUGGAUGAGACCGCAUCACGUGACGCCCUCUGGAUGAGAGAGCAGGUGUACAGAGCCACUGCUCACAGGGCUAAAGAGAUCUUGUCCAGAUUGUAUUUCUCUCCUGUACCCGUGUAUGCUUUGGGUAACUGGAUACCCAGAGUUCUGUACUCGUGGGGGUGCGGCGGACACAACUGUGGCCUCGCUCAGGUGGUUUUUACCUCUUCGGACUGGAGCAUCCCUGUGAUUUCCAAGCGUCUGAAUGCCAGAUACGACUGGCUGAAUGGGCGCUGGGGUGCAGAUCCGUACAGACUGUUGGAUGCAGGUGACGGCUGUAAACCUGACGCCUCCAUCAAAGGUGCUGUCGCCUGGAUAUCUGAAGGCGGCUGCUCGUUCUUUACAAAGAUUAAAAACAUGGCAGAAUCCAAUGCUACGGGGGUUCUGGUGUACGCCCUGCCCGGGAAUCCCAUACAGGACAUGAACUGCAUCGGGGAUGAAUGUUCCACCUCCCUCAACAUCCCUGCAUCUAUGGUCCAUGUAGAACCCAGUGUUGUACAAGCACUACGAUUGGGGCAGAAGGUGAAUGUGACGUUCCAGAUUACCCCGUCUCCAAACUUCUUCUUUGCGAUCGACCAGCAGGGGGCGCUGUCUGGGAUGGGCUGGUUUCUCUACCCAACCUUUAGAUUCAUAGCCUGGCAGGCUCAGUGGUUUGUUUUUUAUGAUGGUUUGCAGGAGCGCCUGAAAAGUCCUGCAAGUGUAGUGUCGGUAUUUAACCGCAGUCUGAUGCAGGGAGAGAUGGGAGCUCAGGCAGCGGUGGAUCUUCCUGCAGACCUGUUGGAUUAUGACGUUCUGGAGUUGGACGCCACUCUGUCCUGUCCCGGCCGCAGGGACGAGACGUGCGCUCAUUGGGAUCACACUGUGCAGUUGUACGUGUGCUGCGAUCGAAUCGGCCCGUACUGUAACCUGGAGCUCGGCCGCUGGAUAACAGCCUUCCGCAGAGGCACGGGUCAUUGGCUGACGGAUGUGUCCUCUUUGAUUCCUCUGUUAAAUAACGCCACCUGCAUGUUUACCAUGAAGACUGUGCCCUGGGCCAUGCCCUGGAUGGCCUCUCUCAAUCUCCGCUUCAGUCGUGGCAACCGGACAGGAAAUUAUUCGGAAAGACUCUUCCCCUUCAGGGUAAUUCCACUCUUCAAUGGAGGAACGUUUGACAAGGAUUAUAACAACAGAUACCAUGAAAUGAAGUUCAGUCUUCCGGCUUCAACUAAGAAGGUGGAGUUAUACGCUGUCAUCACAGCUCACGGGUACGACGAGAACUUCUGCGGUGAAUUCUGUGUGACGUCACACCACUUUCUGAUCAACAGAUCUGUGAAUAACAGCCUCACAUUUGACACGGCAGGAUCCCCUCUGGGUUGUGCCAUGCGGGUACCUGAAGGGGCGGUGCCAAAUGAGCACGGCACCUGGUUAUACGGCCGCGGAGGCUGGUGCGAUGGGCUCCAGGUGGAUCCGUGGAGGACAGACAUCACUUCCCAGCUGGAUAUGAGUGGAACCAAUUCGGUUCUUUACUUUGGACUCUUUGAGGGACGCAACCCAAAUCCAAAGACCGAUCCAGGCUAUAUUAUCAUGUACUCCUAUCUCGUGUACUAUAAAUAAUCAUACAUGCCUCCAUGGAUGCACGGUAGGAAAACUUGACAAAAACAGUUCUCAGUUCUCAGUUGCAUCUUUAAAACAGCAUUAGCCAUUCAUUUUCGUGCUUGCAGAAUCAUUCAUUUGAGUUUUAUUGUUGACUUUAUUAUUGGCAUGUGCUGCUGUGUUUUACCUAAAAGAGCUCUUUUCUUAAGGUGGAAUCUGACAAUGCAUCGAUUUCUAAAUGUUUGGAGGUUUUUAUUGUUUUACAGUAUUGGCCGGUUUCACAGACACGGCUUAGUUUAAGACAGGACUAAGCCUUAGUUGAAUUAAGAUAUUUAUGUGGCUUUUAUUAAAAUGCAUUACUGGUGUGCAUCUUGAGACAAAACAAUGGCACUGGUUUAUUUGAAGAUAUUUCUGGGCAUGUUGUAUUGAGUGACGACCGGUCAAACAUUCAUUUUAUUCUGGGACUAGCCUUAAGCCUUGUCUGUGAAAACGGGCCUAUGUGUUUUAUGACAUUUUUAGAGAAAUUAAUAAAAUCUCAGUUUUGUUUAAUAUGUCUUAAGAUGCACUUAAUGUUUAGUAGAAAAAUGGACACUUUAUGUGCAAUUGGACAGCUUGCCCCGUCUUCUUCAUCUGAAGUGGAAGGAGAUUACAAACCUGAGAUCUUCGUCCUUUAGAAAAUUGCUUUUCACUUUUAAGGAUGGCUUCAUUAUUUUGCGCAUUGACCCUUUGUGAUAGUCAUUGUCUGACUGGUUUCCAUACUUGAAGUAGUCAGACUUUAAAAUUGUAUUUAUUUAUUGCUAAACUUAAACAAUGUAUUUCUAAAGCUUGUUGCCUAUAAUUAGAGGUGGAGACAUGGGUAUGUUGUGUGAAAGAUUUGUGUGAAACUGUGACGUAUAUGUGCGAUGGGCAAAUAAAAUGUUAUUUGUCAAGUCAUAU